UGUCGGAGCUCGUCUUUCCCCCUUGCACCUCUUUUUCCGUCUGUUUCACGACCAUGGCAGGCAUCUUCGAGCAACCGCGGAAUGCGGACACCCUCUUCUUGGGGGGGCAGAAAAUCACCGGCGCUGAUGUGCGGGAGCAGAACGUCCUUGCUACGCAGGCGAUCGCCAAUGUGGUCAAGAGCUCUUUCGGCCCGUCCGGUCUGGACAAGAUGAUGGUGGAUGAUAUUGGUGAUGUCACGGUUACCAACGACGGUGCAACCAUUCUGAGCCUUCUCGAUAUCGAGCACCCCGCUGGAAAGAUCCUCGUGGAUCUGGCCCAACAACAGGAUAAGGAGGUUGGCGAUGGUACCACCUCCGUUGUUCUUAUUGCUGCCGAACUCCUCCGCCGUGCCAACGAGUUGAUGAAGAACCGCAUACACCCCACCACCAUCAUUAACGGUUACAGACUAGCUUUGAGGGAAGCCGUCAAGUACAUGAACGAGAACAUCACCACAAAGGUCGAGACACUUGGAAAGGACAGCUUGAUCAACAUCGCGAAGACCUCCAUGUCCAGCAAGAUUAUUGGCUCCGAUGCCGAUUUCUACGCUAACAUGGUCGUUGAUGGCAUGCUGCUGGUCAAGACCACCAACCAGAAGAACGAGGUUAAAUACCCGGUCAAGGCCGUGAACCUGUUGAAGGCCCACGGAAAGAGUGGUCGGGAGUCGGUCCUCGUCAACGGCUAUGCCCUCAACUGCACCGUGGCUUCUCAGGCCAUGAAGACCCGGAUAACCGAUGCGAAGAUUGCUUGUUUGGACAUGAACCUGCAGAAGGAGAGAAUGAAGCUUGGUGUUCAGAUCACAGUCGACGACCCCGACCAGCUGGAGAAGAUCCGUGAGAGGGAAUCUGGCAUUGUCCUCGAGCGGGUGGAGAUGAUCCUCAAGUCCGGUGCUAAUGUUAUCCUCACUACCAAGGGUAUCGAUGACAUGGUCCUCAAGACUUUCGUUGAGAAGGGAGCUAUGGCCGUCCGGCGCUGCAAGAAGGAGGACCUGAGACGCAUUGCUAAGGCUACUGGUGCCACCUUGGUCAGCUCACUCUCCGACCUCAACGGUGAUGAGAAGUUCGAGACUUCGUACCUGGGACACGCCGAGGAAGUCGUGCAGGAGCGGAUAUCCGACGAUGAGUGCAUCCUUGUCAAGGGCACCAAGGUCCACACCUCUGCCUCCAUCAUCCUCCGUGGCCCCAACGACUUCAGCUUGGAUGAGAUGGAGCGUUCCGUACACGACUCUCUGUGCGCCGUCAAGCGUACUCUGGAGAGUGGCAGCAUCGUGCCUGGUGGUGGUGCCGUCGAGACGGCUCUUCACAUCUACCUCGAAGAGUUCGCAGUCACAGUGGGCUCUCGCGAGCAACUCGCCAUCGGCGAAUUCGCCCAGUCUCUCCUGACCGUCCCCAAGACCUUGGCCGUGAACGCCGCCAAGGACUCCUCCGAGCUCGUUGCCCAGCUCCGUGUCCGGCACGCUCUCUCCCAGCGCGUCCAGGAAGGUGACGCCAACGAGGAAGAGAAGGCUAUCGCCAAGAAGAAGACGUACCGCAACUACGGUCUCGACCUGACGAAGGGCCGUGUCCAUGACGCCCUGAAGGCCGGUGUUUUGGAACCCAGCAUGGGCAAGAUCAAGCAGCUCAAGAGUGCCGUCGAAGCCUGCAUUGCCAUUAUGCGUAUUGAUACCAUGAUCAAGUUGGACCCCGAGGUGCAGCAGGAUGACGGACACGGUCACUAAGUCAGUCGCCUUCUUUCUCCUUCUUGUCUGAUGCUUGGUAAUGCUACGUACCUAUUCUGGUUUCCGCUCGGAGUUCUAGACUAUGGGUGAAGGCGAGAAAAAGUAUAAUAAGAUGUCAUGAGUACAAAUCUACCCUAGUAUUGAUGUACCUGGUUCUUAAUAUGUACCUGGGUCCUAAUCGGUCUUAAUUGCUGUUAAAUGUAGUGCUUGCUCGAC